UCAGCAGUUGCUCCUGAGCCGCAGAGGCUGCGGAAGGUGAGAGGCGGUGAGUUUGAGUGCGUCACGGGCGCGGGGCCCGAGGAAGCAGGUCGGGGACGGGCUCCAGAGGGGUAUCUACGGACCGCAGUGACCAGCAUACCACUGUCUCACUGCCCCGCAGUGUCAGGUUGGUGUCUCCGCCGGAGCCUCGCUCGGUCAUCCAGGAGCACGGUGGCCCCAGGACGGCCGUGGCGUGGGCGUAGGCGAAGUGGCUGCGCGCGUGGACCUCGCGCGUGUCCUUGAGGCCCGCCGAGGACUUGCGAGAACCAGUGCUGCCAUAGGAGAAGAUGGGAAAGGGCUGCAAGGUUGUCGUUUGUGGGUUGUUGUCUGUUGGGAAAACUGCAAUUUUGGAGCAACUCCUUUAUGGGAAUCACACUAUUGGGAUGGAAGACUGUGAAACGCUGGAAGACGUGUACAUGGCAUCUGUGGAGACAGAUCGUGGGGUGAAGGAGCAGCUUCACUUGUACGACACCAGAGGCCUGCAGGAAGGCGUGGAGCUGCCAAAGCAUUAUUUCUCAUUUGCUGAUGGCUUUGUUCUUGUGUACAGUGUGAAUAACCUUGAGUCCUUUCAAAGAGUGGAGCUUCUAAAGAAAGAGAUUGAUAAGUUUAAAGACAAAAAGGAGGUGGCAAUCGUCGUGUUAGGAAACAAACUAGACCUUUCUGAGCAGAGACAAGUGGAUGCUGAUGUCGCACAACAGUGGGCAAGAAGUGAGAAAGUGAAGCUGUGGGAGGUGACAGUGACAGACCGGAGGACACUGAUUGAGCCCUUCACUUUACUGGCCAGCAAGCUUUCCCAGCCACAAAGCAAAUCCAGUUUCCCUUUGCCCGGGAGGAAAAACAAAGGGAACUCCAAUUCCGAAAACUGAGUCAAGCCUUGAAAUGUCUGUAGCAUGGCACGAGGUUAUGAUUUAACGUGGCCCUUCACAAACCACCUCUGGGCCUAUGGAACCCCUAAGCGGUAAUUUAAUGCACUUUAUAAUUAAGUUACUAAGCUAGUUUAUUGCUGUUGGACAUUAUUUUGUCUUUAUUUGAAACCUGUUCUUAAAAUCAAGUUUGUUAUUUAUUCUGCACUUGUCAAUAAUAGCAAAAUAAAAUUUAGAGCAUAUGCAGUAUACAUGGGAACUCUUCCAGCUUGUCAGGAGCUCUCAUAGUCAUUGUAAUUUUAUGCAAAUGCCUUGGUGUGAACAUUAUCAUUACUGUGUGUAUGGAGUCGGCUUUCUUCUUCCAUCCAUGCAUGCAUUUCAGGGAUGGAACUCAGGUGGCUGGUCACCUGGCAAAGCACCUUUCCCACUGAGUCAUCUAACAGGCCCAGAACUCAGGGCUGGAGAGAUUGCUAAGACUGAUGCUUUUGCAGAAGAAGAAGUCCAAUUUCUAGCACCUACAUGGUGGCUCACCUGUAACAUGGAACCAUCUAGAAAGAUCCAAGAGCUCAGUGUCCUCUCUUGGUUUCUUCAGACAUUGCAUGCCAUAGUGCUCAUACAUACAUGCAGGAAAACCACUCAUAUGUGUAGAAUAUCUAACAGUUUUUAAAGAUUAUCUAAUAUCUAAGGUUAUAAAGCUUGGCAAUUCCUUGUAUACCUAAAUUGUCCCAAUAACAACAGGGUCUCUGAGUUACAUUCUCAUUUCACAGAGGCUUUGCUGAACAGAACAAAAGAUGUGGUUUUGCUUUGCUCUAUUAAAUAUAAUAGAUCUUAGGGUUAGGACGAGGAGCUUUUGUAUUCAGAGCCCUGUUUUUCUAUAAGCUAGGUCUGUGCUGAUGAUAAUGAAAUACUAAAGGGUCUUCUUUUGAAAAUGGCUAGGCUGACAAGCAGGGAAGUAUCCCUUUUCUUCUAAUAACCUUGUCAUAUACAAUAAAAUGUCAGACAUACACAGUUACCAUUAGUUUUACAUAUUAAUCUGAGUUUGUAAUUUCAUUUAUGGAAAAUCUUACCAAGAUUUGAACAGUAUUGGUCAUUGUAUUAAAAAAUAUGAAACAAGGUAUAGUAAAAAAAUGCAUCAAGACAAGUAAAGUAUGGAAUCUUCAAUGCAAUACUUUUAACUGUGGCUGGCUCAGUCCAGUGAGUUGAAGCCAAGGACUACCUUGUAUAAUGUAUAAUGAAACCUGUUCUUAAAAUCAAGUUUGUUAUUUAUUCUGCACUUGUCAAUAAUAGCAAAAUACUACCAGUAUUGUUGCUGCUUGCUUUUCUGUUGGUGGUACUGAAUCCGAGGCUUCACACACAUGUAUCAUUAACCUUUUUACUUUGUGAGAUUACCCAGGCUUUGAACUUGGAAUCCAUGUGGCCAGACUCCCUGAAUUACUGGGAUUACAGCUACCUGGUUUACCCUCUAUCCCCCUAAAGACAAGAUCUUACUAUAUAAUCCUGGCUGGUUGGAACUAUGUAGACCAGGCUAGCCUUGAUCUUAAAGUCCUCCUCAGCUGGGAUUAAAGGUGUGUACCACUAUGCCCAGUCUUGGCCAGUUCUUUAAAACAAAAAACAAACAAACAAACAAAAACAAACAAAAAAACCCAUACUUUUUUUGGUCAUCUUUUAGGUUAGCCUGCCCUUCUAGAUACUUAACUUUUUCUUCUGAGGUAUUUUGAGUCAAUUUUCCUUUUUUUUUCCCCCUCCUUUGAGACAGGGUCUCAUGUAGCUUAGGCUAGUCUCAAUCCCAGUGUGUAGCUGAGGGUGACCUUGAACUCUAAUCCUCUGGUUUACACCCACCCUGGGUGAAGAUGUGUGUGUACUGCUCGGCCUUUCCCUGCAUGAAUCUGGAGCAAGUAGCAGCAGCAGUACUGCUGAGUCAUGGAACCUGCUCUGCGCGGGGAGCACCAGCUCCCCAUGGUGGCUCAUUCUUCAUGUGUCUGCUGCCACUUCAUCUGCAGAUCAGAAAAUGCUCUGACAAACAGGCAUCAGAGUGUAUCUUUGAGGCUUAGCUGGUUUACACUGUUGUUUUUAAGAUAUCUCCAGGGGCUCAAGAAAUGGCUCAGAGGUUAAGAGCCCUGACCACUUCUUCCAGAGGUCCUGAGUUCAAUUCCUGGCAACCACAUGGUGGCUCACAACCAUGUGUAACAGGAUCCGAUGCACUCUUCUGGUGUGUCUGAAGACAGCUCCAGUGUACUCACAUACACAUAAAAUAGAUUAAGUCAUAAAAAGGCAUCUCCUGUAAGAAAAAAAAUAUUUUCAAAUAAUAUUGAAGUAAGCAUUUAUCAGUAUAUACACAGCAGUACCAAUAAAAGGGCACUUCAAAUUGUAUAUUCUAAUGUCAACUGAGAAAGUGAAAUAAGAGAACAAGAUUUUGAUAGCCAGGAAAUAAUACCAAUAAUCAAUAAAUGUUGUCUCAUGAAACUCACCUCAAAGAAUGAAAAUUUGUGUGUGUUGUAUAUGUAUGUAUAUAUGUAUAUUUUCUAGCUAUACAUCUGAUGAUACACUAGUAUCUGUAAUUAAAAAAAAAUAAACUAAAAAAUAAACCUCUCAUAAAAAGACCUCUCCAAAAUGUGCUGUGUAACUAUCAGUCCUGGCAUAUGUAAGUAAUAAGCAUUCCUUAGCCUGCUUCAGAAGCCAAGACUGCAGAGAGGAAAUGAAUGCAGCAGGGUCAGUAGUUGUUCUUAAUAUUGUUUAUUAGCACAGUAACAAAUGCAGACGUAAGAAGUCUAAAUCAACCAGUCGACUGAACAGUUCCUAUUCCACACUUACAGUUAACAGCUUAAGGUAUUUCACUACAGGUUUCCACAAAUCCUGAUUCAACCCUUGAAGUAAUUUGCAUAUAAAAUAAAAUACAUUAACUACUGGUUUCCUACAUGGUGUCUUGUAGCCAGGUAUCCAUUUCACAUAUACAAGCUAACUCAUCUCUGCAAACUUGAAUACCAUUGUUUUCUU